GACAAGGCACUGCGGACGCCACACGCGUCUGUUAUGAAAGAGCUUUCACGCCCACACAGCCCCAGAACUGCAGUCCCAGCCGUCAAGGGGCAGAGGGCGGGCCGGGCCGCGGUGUCCCGGUGCGGUCGGGACCCGGGUAUCCCCAGCGGGCCGGGCGGCAGCGCCUCCCCCGCUCCCCCGGAGCCCGGCCGGAGCCGCUCCCCUCCCCGCGCGCGCUGCCGCGCCUGCGCGGAGGGCCCGCGCGGGCCGGCCAUGGCGGUGGCGGCGCUGCGGCCGCGGGUGGCGGCGCUGGGCCGGCGGCUCGGGGCGCGCGGGGCCCGCGAUGCCUUCUUAACAAAAGGUUCUGCCAAUCUGGACAAAUUGAAGGACCUCUGCAACGAAGGGAAGGAACAUCCUUCCACGCUUUUUCAGCUCUAUACUCAGGCUGUCCUAGAUAUUACUUUUUUUGAGGAAAACCAGCUUGUGGAUGAAGAUUUUCCAGAAGAAUCUUCUGUGCAAAAACUUAAAGAACUUAUUUGUGUUCUUUCAGAACCAGAAGACCUAGUGAGGGAGUGCAGCAUAAAAGAAGAACCCAUCAACAUCCUUGGUGCAGAGCUAUUAGAAUGUCUUUACUGGAGAAAAGGAGCCCUGCUUUAUAUGUACUGCCACACAGCAAAAGAAAGGAGUGAAUGGCUACAAGAAAACAUUGCCACAUUUAAAAAGUGUCUUAAUGAUGGAGUUCAUUACUUGAUGAAGAUGCUUAGCUUUAGAUGCCCUCUUCAGCUAGAUGAAGAUGUUUCACUUCAAGAUAAAGACACAGCUAGAUUACUCAGUGAAGGUAUAUUUAGUGACACUCACUUACUGGCAAUGAUGUACAGCGGAGAAAUGUGCUACUGGGGACUGAAACACUGUGGAGAAGGGAAGCAGGAAAGCCUUGAGUCAAUAAAUCCUGUGUCUGACUGUGACCUGGGCAGCAGUUCACAGAGCAUAUCGGUGGAUUUCCAAGAAACGGGGAGAAACAUGUUAACAAAGUAUGUGGCCGUAUGUGAGGGACCGUUAAAAGGUCAAGGGUGGAACACGACAACUGCAAAACAAAUGCUGCAUUACUUCGUGGAAUCCCACAACUGAGACCCCCUGCGUUGUCUGUGCUAGAAGAAAACUCGUGGCGUGAGAGCGCACUCUUCUGUGACUGACUCAUUUUCUUUUUCGAACCGCAGUGUAUGCUUCUGUCGCAUUAAAAACGCGCAUUCCAAGGC